UUUUCAUUUGCAGAACAUAAACGGUUACUACAUGAAGCCAAGAUUCAGUUGAAGAGGUCAAAGAGGAAAGAUUACUACAAGAUUCUUGGAGUCAACAAGAAUGCCUCAGAUGACGAGAUAAAAAAAUCGUACCGAAAAAUGGCAUUGGUACAUCAUCCAGAUCGCCAUGCUAAUGCAACUGACAAAGACAAGAGAGAACAUGAAAUCAAGUUCAAGGAGAUUGGUGAAGCUUAUUCAGUGUUAACUGAUGCAAAGAAGCGAGCCCUCUAUGACCGAGGACAUGAUGUCAAUGAUCCUGAUGCUGGCUUUGGACAUGAUGCGGAUAUUGAUCCAAACCAGAUUUUCCAAGCCUUCUUCGGAGGUGGUCAUGGAGGCUUCAGCUUUGGUGGCCAACAUGCAGGCUUCCAGCAGGGAGGUGGCUUCCCAGGUGGUGGCUUCAACAGCGGCAGCUUCCCUGGAGGUUUCCACUUUCAAUUUGGCUAAAAUGUGCAGCCAAUCAUCAGAGACAGGAGAGGAAGCAGGUGGCAUAGUGAUUAUCAAGAACAACUUUAAUAAAAGCAAAGCUGUUCUGAUUUUGUGUAUAGGAGAGGUGAUUCGUAUUUUCCCUCCUGCAGUCUCUGUUAUGUGGUUAUCUUCCAGUAAAAUUGAUUAAGGAAGCUUAGAACAAGUAAAUAGAACUAGAAUCUGAUUUUUGUUCUAUAUUUAUUUGAAUGUAGUUUUAUUUUCAACUGCAGUUAUUUUAUCAUUAUUAAUCAUAUUGUUAUCAUUAUAAUUAUUGUUUCAAAAAUUAAUAUUAAUAUCAGUGGAUAUAUAGAGAAUUCUAAAAAAAUAUUUUUUUUUUUACUAGUACCAGCAGUAAUGAUGUUUUAUUUUGCAUGUUUUAUAACAGUACACUCACCUAAAAUU